AUGUUUUGUGUGGGUGAAUUCUCUUUCUCUGUAUUUGUGGAGAUUCUCCUAAUAAUACCAACUGUUUUAUUUUCAUUUAAGCUUGUAAACACGCAUGAUCCUCCUGAUUUUGAAGCCAUUGUUGGUAUCAAUUCAUCCGCAAUUUCGAAUAAUGGAAUAUUUUUUGGCCUUGUUACGGGCGAUAUUAUGUCUAGUGUCCACAGAAGAAGAUUUCAAUAUACUAAUUGGCUACAAUACUUGAAAUAUUUUGAAUUUGGUUACAGCUAUAUUAUUGAAGGACAUCCAAAUAUUCCAUACAAUCAUUCGACAAUUGUUCCGAAAUUCAUUAUUAAGUAUGAUAAAAAUAGUGAAAGGGCCGCCAAAAAAUUAUCAGCCGCAUACUAUUUUUAUUACAAUACAUCCUACAAAUGGCUAUGGAUAUCGAAUGAUGAUGUUUCAGUUAGCAUUACCCGCCUGCGUAAACUUGUUAAUCAAUUGAAUAUCCUUUAUGAUACAAAUAAGGAAACAGUGGUUCUUGGUGGAUGUGUUGGACACAUGAAACCAUUCAUCCAAGGUGGAAGUGGCAUGAUUCUUUCAAGAAAAGCCGCAUAUAAAUUCACAGAAUUUGGUGUAAAGUGGAUCAAAGAAAAGGUUGUCUGGGCGGAUGACGUAGAAUUCAAUGAAUUUAUAUGGGAUAUCGGAGAAUCACCUGCUUCUUGCAAUAUUCCUCACAUGGUCGGUCAUCCAUUAGAUUAUGUCCUGCCAAUUAAUAUGAAAACAAUGCCUGAAUGCGGUGAUAUUGAAAAUACACCAAAUGCAUGUUUCAGAAAACCUCAAUCUGCAGAUGACAUCGUUGCAAUUCAUCUGAACAGAUUUCCUCAUGGCUGGGAUCAGAUUUUAGAGUUGGAGAAGCAUACUGGUGAAGGAUUAAUGUGGUAUAACAUUCAGCACAAAUCAAAAUUAUGUAAAGUUAAAUUAUCUGAAUUGCCUCCAAAGCCAACACUCCCAACCAAUAUAACCACUGCAAAUAACUCUGACAUAAGAGUGAAUACCACAGUUCCAACUAAUAAUACUGUUCAAAUUAAAACUAAUAUUAGUUUGGAAAACUCAAAUAAUGCGACAAUAUCAAACAGUUCCAACUUAUUAGUUAACACUUCAUUGCCAACUAGUAAUUCAACUCAAAAUAUUUUCAAUAUUAGUUUGAUUAACUCAACAAAGAGAGAUCCAAUAGUAUUAACUAACUCAACAGAGACAAAUAGUUCUAAUGUAUUAGUUAACUCUACAUUACCAACUAGUAAUUCAACUCAUUUUAAUUUCAAUAGUAGUUUGACUAAUACAACUAAUAUGACAGUUACAAAUAGUUCUAGUUCAUACGUUAAUACAACACUGCCAGAUAGGAAUUCAACUCAUAUUAAUUCCAAUAUAAGUUUGACCAAUUCAACUAAGGAAGAUUCAGUAGUAUUAACUAAUUCAACAAAUGUAUAUAAUUCCAGUUUAAUAGUUAAUACUACAUUGCCAACUACUAAUUCAGCUCAGAAGAAAAUCAAUAGUAGUUUGACCAAUUUAAGUAAUAUGACAGUUGCAAAUAGUUCUAGUUUGUCAGUUAAUACUUCUAUGCCAGCUAAUAAUGCAACUGAUAUCAGUUUGAUUAAUUCAACCAAGAAAGAUCCAAUAGUAUUGACUAAUGCAACAAGGGUAUCUAAUUCUAGUGUACUAGUUAAUAUUACAUUUCCAACUCAGAAUUCAUCUCUGAAUUCAAUAAAAAUUAAUUUGACCAAUCCAAGUAAUAUGACUGUUGCAAAUACUUCUAGUCUAUUAAGCAAUACUACAUCUCCAACUGGCAAUUCAACGCCAAUUAAAUUCAAAAAUAAAGUGACAAAUUCAACAAAACCAAAGAGACCAGCUUUGGUUACCAGGACAAAAAGUUCUAUGAAAAAACGCCACAAUAGUAAUAAAUCUCACAGUUUAACCCAUUCUAGUAAGAAAAACUCCCAUUUUACCAAAUCCAAACCAUCAUGA